GCUCAUAAUACAAGGCUGAGGGUCUCAGGUUUUCCGGCGACGAUAUUCGCUUUUCCGUCAGUUUCACGGCCGGAAUUUUCGCCGGAAGUUGCAGAGCUCGUAAUAUUCAGUCGAAAACGGACCUCUUUUCCCCUCCAUACUUCUUUCUUUUCCAGUGAUGUGCUUCUCUGAUACGCACAUGGCUUAAUUCGCUCGAGAAUCGAAUUUGAGCCUGAAAAUUACGGUCUUCUAUUGUUUUUGCUCUCUAUUUGGUUGCAGAGGAGUGGUUUCCCAUAGAAAUUAGAGAGGGAAAGCUUGAGUCUGACUCCGAGAAUUCGGUGAAUGAGCUGAGAAAAUGGAGAAUUCAGGUAACUGAGGAGCUGUAGAGGAUAUGCGUAAUGUCUCUGGAGUUGCAGGGUCUUGGCUAUUCUGCAUUAACUUUAUUUACUGUGGGCAACAGCUUUUUUGUGUGAUGAUUCUUAUAGGGAAAGUGGCAAAGGCUGAUGAGAAGAAGGCUUGCAUGUUUCAUUUUGCCCUAAUUCUGGUUGGUGAGCUAGAAUCUUGUUUAAAAGCUAGACUGAGCUUGAGAAGCCGUUACUAUUCAAUAGAUUGAAAGCACAAGCUUUGGAAAAGGAGCUUUGUUCUUAACAUUUCAGUCGUCUGAAUGUCUUGAAGGUUCUUGAUUUAUUCUAUUUUUGUGGUUUUAAUGGUGGAGGUGGCUCAAAGGAGCUCAAGAAACUGAUUUUUUAGUGGUAAAAGUUGCAGAAUUGAGGAUUCAGGAGAGGGAGGAAAACUCGUUAGGGAGGAAAGCUUCUUUCUAAGUAAUAAGUGGCUUAUAGUCAAGAAUUUAUUGAAACUACAGAAUAAGUUAUCAAGGAAGUGGGUGAGUACAUUUGCUUUGCAGAGAAAUACACCUUUUCGACUAAUCAAUGGUAAAUGUGGCUGAUUGAUAUGCAAGAAUGAAGGCUCAGGCAAACAGUGUCAUGGCUAAUUCUGGCGAAGUUGAAACAGGAGAAAGAAGAAGCAUUAAUUCAGAAUUAUGGCAUGCUUGUGCCGGCCCACUCGUGUCUUUACCUCCAGUUGGCAGUCUUGUGGUAUAUUUCUCACAAGGACACAGUGAACAGGUUACGGCAUCAAUGCAAAAGGGGAUGGAUGGGCAAAUACCCAACUAUCCCAAUCUUCCUUCUAAAUUGGUCUGCUUGCUUCACAAUGUCACACUACAUGCGGAUACUGAAACAGAUGAAGUUUAUGCUCAGAUGACUCUUCAGCCUGUUAAUAAAAAUGAUAAGGAUAUGUUAUUGGCAUCUGAUUUUGGCCUCAAACAAAGCAAGCAGCCGACUGAAUUUUUUUGCAAAACACUGACGGCAAGUGAUACAAGCACUCAUGGCGGGUUUUCUGUUCCCCGUCGUGCAGCUGAAAAGAUUUUCCCACCACUAGAUUUUUCAAUGCAACCUCCAGCUCAAGAGCUAGUAGCAAGAGACUUGCAUGAUAACGUGUGGAAAUUUCGGCAUAUCUAUCGCGGUCAACCAAAAAGGCAUCUGCUUACAACUGGUUGGAGUGUGUUUGUCAGUGCAAAAAGACUCUUUGCUGGUGAUUCCGUCAUAUUUAUACGAGAUGAGAAAUCCCAACUUUGCUUGGGAGUAAGGCGUGCCAAUAGGCAGCUGCCUACUUUGUCAUCUUCAGUCUUGUCUAGUGAUAGCAUGCAUAUUGGGAUUCUUGCUGCUGCUGCCCAUGCCGCUGCAAACAACAGUCCGUUCUCUAUAUUUUACAAUCCAAGGGCAAGUCCCUCAGAAUUUGUUAUCCCUUUAUCCAAGUACAACAAAGCAAUCUAUGGUACCCAAGUAUCCCCUGGGAUGAGGUUCAGGAUGAUGUUCGAGACAGAAGACUCAGGGGUGCGCAGGUAUAUGGGCACAAUUACAGGCAUCAGUGAUCUGGAUCCCAUAAGAUGGAAAGGUUCGCCUUGGCGUAACCUUCAGGUCGGCUGGGAUGAAUCAAUUGCUGGUGAGCGACAGAACAGAGUUUCAGUUUGGGAGAUUGAACCAGUGGCCACACCUUUCUAUAUCUGCCCUCCCCCAUUUUUCAGACCCCAAAACCCUGGACAGCCAGGAAUGCAAGAUGACAUUGAAACAGAAAAUGUAUUCAAAAGGGCAAUGCCAUGGCUCAAUGACGAUAUCAGUGUCAAGGAUUUUCAGAAUAUUCUCCCCGGUUAUAGUCUGUUUCAGUGGAUGAGCAUGCGACAAAACCCUCAACUAGGUGCUCAAGCCUCUCAGGCAGAUUACUUGUCAACCACUCCUCCCCGUGUACGAAAUCUCAAUAUUGAUGACCCCUCGAAACAACUAAAUUUUCAGACCCAUUUCCAACCACCCCACACUUUACAAUUCAAUCUCCCUAAAGUUCCACAACUAACCCAACAGCACACUGGUCAUCUCCAGCAACAACAACAGCCAGCACCCAUGAAUUUGCAGACCCAAGUGCACCCGCAGGUUGUUACUAAUCAACCACACAAAGAACAAUCAUCUGUAGUCAAUCAACCUCUUGGGCAUAAUCAGAUCCACAACCAAAUUUUACAACAAAACUUUAUCCAAAACCAACAAAGCCACCUUCAAAGCCACCAAAACAUUAGUCAGUCAGCUCUAUAUCAGCAUCAGUUGUUACAGCCACAAGUUGAACAGCAACACAAUAAUAACCUUCAACAGCAACAGGUGCAGCAGCUCCAUAUGUUACAGAAGCUUCAGCAGCAGCAACAAGAACAGUUGAUUCCCCAAUUUCGCUCAAGUUUGUCACAAAAUCAGUCACCCCAAAGCCAACUCUCAGAGAACCAGCAACACCAAGCAUCACAGCAACAGCUCAAUAGCAACCAAUUUUCUCAGAGCUUGCAUAACCAUGACCAAAAUAAACGUCAGCAAUUGAUUCAGUCAGCUGAUAUAUCUGCUCAGUUACAGCCAUUGCUAAGCCAAAUACAAGCAAGAGCUCAUUCUGGACACACUGACGGGGACCCAUCAUCUUGCUCGACCUCGCCUUCCACAAACAACUGUUCUGCCUCUUCAGGUUUUCUGAUCAAAACCCAAGAGCUGACUCAGGCAGUAACUAACACAGUGCAAGAUCAGCAGCUAAAUGGUCAGAUCAAGAAUGGGCCUCGUGGUUCUAAUCACUUGGAAGAGUUGUCUUCUACUGCUAACUAUGGUUUAGAUGGGGGGUUCCAUCAAAGUUCACCGAUGCCUUCUUUCCAUCAGUCUGCUUACUUGGGUUCUCAGGACUCUGAUUUGGCAUUCGAUCCUAGGAAUAAUCUUUUGUUUGGGGUUAGUAUAGAUGGGACUUUGGCACCAGAUAGUUUGCUAUCGAGGGGCAUUGCUUCAGGGAAGGAUCUUCAGAGCAUGAUUUCGGGGUAUGAGUCUCCAAAAGACAUGGAAACUGAUAUAUCUACAGCCAUCAGUUCACAGUCUUUUGGGGUCCCUGAUAUUUCGUUCACGCCUGGGUGCUCAAGUGAUGCUCGCCUGAGCGAUGGGGCCAUGGCAAACAGGGGACCAUGGCCUCCACACCAGUUGUGCAUGAGGACAUACACCAAGGUUCAAAAAAGAGGCUCCGUUGGCAGAUUGAUAGAUGUGACACGUUAUAAGGGAUAUGACGAGCUACGGAGAGGCCUUGCUUGCAUGUUUGGGAUGGAAGGCCAGCUUGAAGAUCCUCAUCAAUCAGGCUGGAAAUUGGUCUAUGUUGAUAAGGAGAAUGAGACUCUAUUAGUUGGUGAUGAUCCUUGGGUAGAGUUUGUGAGCUGUGUCCAAAGAAUCAAGAUUUUGUCGCCUGCCGAAGUUCAACAGAUGAGUCUCGAAGCCGACCUCAUGAAUAUGCCCCUCCCCAAUCAGGCAUGCAGUGGCUCAGACAACACUAACCUUUGGAGAGCCCAAAGUGACGACCACUCCAGCAGAUUCAACAGCACAUAGAACAUUCCAGAGAGCCCAUGGCAGCGUUCUGGAACAUUCCAGAAAACCACCAGAAUGGUCUUGAUAGCCUUCCAGAAUGUUCCAGAAAGUCCACUAGAAUGUUCUUGAUAGCCUUAGAGAACAUUCUGGAAGCCUGCUUGGCUCUACAGCUGUCUUGUCACAAGAACCUAUAAUGAGAGCAGAGAUUGCUCAAAAGAGAUUCCACAGCAACCUUUCAGAAUAUCCCCAAGAGAUCAGCUUCUGGAACAUUCUGGCAUUACUCUUUGGAAUACGGCCAGCUAUAGGGCUCAGCGCUCGAGAUGGCAUGAAAGCCCAAGUGAGAGGGAAUUGAGUGAGGGAUCGCUGGUGUUGGACCAGGCAUCAUUCCUGCUCACUGUGACCUAUUAAAAGGGAUAUAAAUGGCCUCCUUUUUAGCAGAAUGAAGCUCAUGAGAGGAGAAACUGAGAGAAAUGAUCCAUAUGAUGUCAAGACAUGUGGAUGGAUGUAUAGAGGGCAUUGUGUAUCAUCUAGAGAGAGAUCCGAACUGCUUUUCAUAUAGGUGUGCCUGGUCUCAAAUCUAAACGGAUUUUAAUGGCGGGAGCAGGCUCUCUCUCUGGGUCACCAGAUGUUCCAAAUUUCAAUCCAACCAGGAGUUUUUUCUUGGUUAAAAUUUGUAGGUUCAUUGUGUACCAAACUUCUACAAUUUACCUGAAAUCUGUAUUUCAUAAAGGAAACUGGAAUAUUUUCACUUCUGAAAAAAAAAAAAAAAAA